CUGCGUUUUAUCAUGCUCUGGACACUGCCACCAAAUAACAAUCAGACUUUCCUUUCAUAGAAGAAAAACCUGUAAAACUGCCUUAUAAUGGCUGACUUAAAUUGACCCCCAAAAUAAUUAAAAAAUUAAAUAAAAAUGAGCAGCUCUGCGGCUACAGAAAGCUCCACCCCCAUCUCCGGCGGCUGCGACGCCGUAAAUAAAUCCGUGAAAGAAGAGGACGCCGAUUCAACGCCCUUUCGAGAAGGUGAACAGGUCUUAGCUUAUCAUGGCCUUUGCCUGUACGACGCCAAGGUACAAAAGGUUGAAUUUCAUAUCGACGUGUGGAGGUAUUAUGUUCAUUAUCGUGGGUGGAACAAAAAUACACAACUUCUUUUGGCCCUCAACAGAUGGGAUGAAUGGUUGGGAGUCGAUUGCCUGUUAAAACAUACCGAGGAAAAUGUUCGAAAGCAAAAAGAGCUCAAGGAGAAGCAUGCCAUGGAGAAGAACGUGAACGCUGCACGUCUAUCGCAAGAUAAAACUAAAAGUCCAAUUGGGGUGAGAGGCAAGAAACGGAAACAAGAAAUCCUUGAAAAGGAGUGCACUGUUCCUUCGGAAAAGCUUGUAAUCAUCCAAAUUCCAUCUACCUUGAAGAAACAACUGAUCGAUGACCAUGAAUGUAUAACUCAUCUGGAUCAGUUAGUCAAACUUCCUCGUUCUCCUAGUGUUCAUGAGAUAUUGAACAAGUACAUUGAUUACCGGGUGAAGAAAAACGGCAAGAUACCCGAAUCAGUUGGAGAAAUUGUGAACGGGUUGCUCUGUUACUUUGACAAAGCGUUGCCUUCGAUGCUCCUCUACAAACACGAGCGUCCACAGUACAAAGAAGUGAUUGCUGAUAAUGUAUCUCCCUCGAGUGUAUAUGGAGCCGAACAUUUAUUAAGACUCUUUGUCAAAUUACCGGACAUGCUCUCCUGUAUGCAUAUCGAAACCGAGACACUAACGGAGCUGCAGCAAAGAUUGAACGACUUGCUCAGGUUUCUCCAGGUCAACCAAAGUUCAUUUUUCAAUUCAAAUUACCAGAAAUCGGAAGGUUUUGUGGGUGCUGUAAAGAAAGAAGAGAAAUAGGUAAUAUGUUUGGACUCUUAUUCAGUUAUAUAUGCUGUCUACCAAUCAUAUGCUUACAUUUGGACAUCAUCAUCUGUUUGUAUAAAAACAUCAAAACACUGUGCUGUGGAGAUUAUUAGUGAACCUUAUCCAAAAUUGUUACAAGUUGUUAAAUGAAGAAUAUAUUCAUGUCUUUGAAAA